UGCCGCAUUUCCAACGUAAAAGCGUGCUUUCGGGUCAUAUUGUGACACAGGAAGUGAGAAAUCUAACGUACGUGCGUCAAACGUGGUCUCGCAAGCUCUCGUACGUGCCUACGCGGCUGCAGGCGUCGCAAUUACGCGAUCGAAAUCUUGAUUGCGCGUUGAAGCGCGCGGUCAUCUCUGCAGUGGUGGUCAUCGUAGUUCCGUCGUCGACGACAAUCGGAGCAAUGAACGGCAACUCGGGGGCGGAUUUCGACCCCGUUGUCGCUGAAAUCGCCAUCGUGAGAGCCCUCGAUGAGCUUUGCGCUCGCCGCUCGAAUGUGGCGCUGCACCGCGCUCGCAUCGACGAACUCCGGCAGGAUAUAGCACACCUGCACGAGCGCAUAGACGCCGAGAAGCAUCGACUUCGCGUCACGGAGCAGCGAAUGUCCGAACGUCGCACAGAGCUCGGGCGAGACGCCGAGCGACGUCGCAGACCGAUGGCUGCAGAAAAAGAGGCGCUAGCGCAAUGCGUCGCUCGCAUCGAAGGCAAGCUCUUCGCCGUUACCGGUCGGGCUAGAAGCCUGGAAACAGAAAAGCUGACGCUGGAAGGGAAAGUGAAGGACCUACUCGACGAAGCGCGUCACCUGGAGGAUGUCCUUCGUGAACGCGGCGGUCAGUUAGAUGACAUAAGCCGGGCGUCUCGUCCUGUGCUCGAAGAGUUUGGAAAGCUCGUUGCUCGACAGGGCGCUAUGCAGUCGUCGCUGCUCGACGCGCUUGGACGUCGCGUCGCGUUGGAAAGGGAGCGACGCGAGCUCGCUAAACAAGAAUCGAGGCUCGCAUCCGAAGGCGCAUCACUGAAGAAGGACUUGGAACUGGCGACGUCAUCGUCCGCUGGCGAAGUUGAACACGUAGGCGACGUCACUGAAACUGGCCACGUUCAGAGUCCUGCGCCAGACCGAUGGUACAUAAGUUUGAUGGAGAAGCUCGAAGGCGACGCGGCGUCUUGCCAACGCGACCUGCAAUCGCUGAGGCGUGCCAUCAACUGCGGCACUUCUACCGAUGUUGCGGUGCAAACAACGCUGAAUGUUCCCGACGCAUUGUUAUUGUAACGCAACAGGCGCUUUUAUUGUUUCGUUUUCAGAGAACAUUCGGCUGGCCACAACUUCCUCUAUCAAGGAGGUCGUGAGGCUGGCUACUAAAUAAAGAUGCCCAUUAUUCCUGGCUUAUAAUGUU